AAAAGGAGGUUAAACGUCCAAAGCCAGCUGUUUUAAAAGCCGCAGAUCGGCCUCAGAUGAAGUUUUAUGGGGAACCAACUUACCGUGAUGUUGAUUUAGCCUGCUUAUCUAAAUUGAUUGAAGAAGUUGACCAACACAUUAAGCCUAGUCUUUUGAACAAUAAGGAUCUCUUAAUAAGUGCAAAUGCUCAAGAUCACCUUUUUGUUGGCGCUCUCUUUGCCCUCAGUAAUCAAGGUCGUCAGGACAGCUACAAGCCUAAGAUUACGUGGACGGCUAACAACCAGUCUCUGGACGAUCGGACCGAUUACCGAGACUCCUAUGUAGACCAUGGAGUGUAUGUAAGAGCCGCGGCAGCCAGGCCGGAUGCUAGUGAGUGGACUCGACCAAAAGCACCAAUAGAUGGUCUUACCACACAUGCCAAGGACUACACACCGAAAUUAGGAGGUAAGUGA